AUGACAAAUAAUAAUAAUAUUAAUUUAUUAGUUAAUUUUCCUUUUAUAUUAAUAAAAAAGAUAGUUGAAGGGUUAGAUGAAAAUAUAGAUAAGAUUUGCUUUGCUCUUACUUGUAAGAGAUGGUAUGAUAAUAGAUCUACCUAUCUUCAUCUACAGUUGAAAAUCAACUCUAAAUUCAAAAACCUUGACGAUGAAAGUUCUCUCAUGCUCAAGCAAUUUGUAAAUCAAACAGAGAUUAUUAGAUUGCCUGCGGUAGAUACUCAACAACUAAUUAAAUGUAUAAUUGUGAUGACCAAUCACACUUAUUAUUCAACCAAUCCAAACCCAGGAACUACUAUUGUAAAUAGACAUCAAUUCUUAACAUGGGGUGAUCAUGAUAUCGCUUUGGAUAUCAAUGAAAUGGUAUUACAUUUCCAUUUGGGUAUUCCUAUAACUUCUCUUCCAGGUAUCAAUCGAAUGGAGAAGCUGAUCAUCACCAGGCCAUUGACGGCAAUAGUUGACUAUUCAUUACCCGAUAGUAUUACCAAACUUGUCCUUAGUCGAAAGGAAUCACCCUUAUUCGGUCCAAAUGCAGUGCUACCUCCUCGACUAGAAAUACUUUACCUUUUAGAAUGCGAUCAGAAGUUUGAAAAAGGAUUCUUCCCACCUACCUUGAAAGAACUACUACUUGGAAACAACUAUAAUCAGCUAUUCGAACCAGGAUUGCUUCCGCAUGGACUUACCGAAUUCACCAUUAACAACGACAACUAUUCACAUCCUUUGGUUAGAGGAACAUUACCAUCCACACUGAAGAUACUAUGUUUGAAAUCCUAUGUUGGUGAUCUUGUAUUCUACUAUCCAAACGACAACAACCAAUCAGAAAAUAACAAUAACAAUAACAAUAAUAAUAAUAAUAACACAUUCAUUCCAUCUACAAUACGAUCACUCGAGAUUGGAACACCAGUUGGUCAGGAGAAUACUAAAUUCCAACAAAGAAUACCAAGCACUCUAAAGUCAUUGCAACUAUCGAGCUCGUUUAAGCAAUCACUAGGUGAUGACGUUGACGUUUUCAUUCCUGGUGACGUCCAAUUGGUAGUAGAUAGUUGGAUGCAACUAUCGACUACCAGUGGAUUUCCAAGAGUGAAACACCUCAAGUAUACCAACACAUGGAACUGUUCAAAUAUUUCAAGAGAAAUGAGAAAUGCACCCUCUACAUUGGAAUCGUUAGAGAUUGAUGAUAUUGAGAAUCACCCAUUCGAUUGGCUGCCACCCUCCAUUAGAUCAUUGACACUUCCAUUGGAGUACUUUGAAAAUCAAUAUCCUACAUCACAGUCAUCAAUUCAAGAAUCACUGAUCAUGGACCUUACUUUGAGCGUUUAUUUUAGCGAUCAUAUUGAUUUCAAAACGAGAAGAUUAGACAACGAGAGAUUCUUAAUUAUGUCACCAUUCAACGCCAAGAUAAUCAACUUCUCAUCGAUCAUUAAUUACAUCAAACAUCUAAAGAACAAACAUUUAAAUCAAACAACAAACUAA